AUGACAACAAGGAAUCAAACUACCAUCUCUGAGUUUCUCCUCCUGGGCCUGCCCAUCCAACAAGAACACCAACACCUGUUCUAUGCCCUGUUCCUAACCAUGUACCUCGUCACUGUCCUGGGGAACCUCCUCAUUGUGGUUCUCAUUCGACUAGACACCCAUCUCCACACACCCAUGUACUGGUUUCUUAGUAACUUGUCCUUCUCUGACCUCUGCUUCUCCUCUGUCACAAUGCCCAAACUCUUGCAGAACAUGCAGAGCCCAGUCCCAGCCAUCCCCUACUCAGGCUGCCUGACACAGAUGUACUUCUUCCUGUAUUUUGGAGACCUGGAGAGUUUUCUCCUUUUGGCCAUGGCCUAUGACCGCUACGUGGCCAUCUGCUUCCCCCUGCACUACACCAGCAUCAUGAGCCCCAAGCUGUGUGUGGGAAUGAUGGCGCUGUCCUGGGUGCUGACCACAUUCCAUGCCAUGUUGCACACCUUGCUGGCCACCAGAUUGACUUUCUGUAACAACAUAAUUCCCCAUUUCUUCUGUGACCUGUCUGCUCUGCUGAAGCUGGCCUGCUCCGACACUCACAUCAAUGAGUUGGUGAUCUUCAUCAUGGGAGGUCUAAUAUUUGUGACUCCCUUCCUACUCAUCCUCUUAUCCUAUGCAAGAAUUGUUUCCUCCAUCCUCAGGGUUCCUUCCACACGAAGCAUCCACAGGGUCUUCUCCACUUGUGGCUCCCAUCUGUCUGUGGUGUCCCUGUUCUAUGGGACAUGCUCUGCACUCUACUUAGGUCCAUCAGCCAAUAAUUCUACCAUGAAGGAGACUGUCAUGGCGAUGAUGUACACAGUGGUGACCCCCAUGCUGAACCCCUUCAUCUACAGCCUCAGGAACAGAGACAUGAAUGGUGCCUUGAGAAGACUACUCAAUCUCAGAAUUCCUGGCCCCCCCACCCCCGACAAAAAAUAA